AUGCAAAUCACCACUAUAGACUCGUUCAAGCCAAUACUGCUCAACUACAGCCACCCAGACACAUUGACCCCUUCAGAGGCUAGCAGACUGUCGUUGGCCCUCGUGGAGGUGCUAUCAGAAGAUGUGUGUGAUAAGUUCUUUCUCAAGUUCAUCUCCAGAUUCUUGACAAAGGAUUCGUAUAGCGAGAUACUGCAAGAGAGAAACAUCAAUAAAGUAUGUGCUUAUCCCAUGUGCUGUGAAUCUCCAGGAAGAAUAAAGGACCAUUAUUCGAAAAGUUUCCAAAAAUCUAAAAUGCUACCAUAUGCCUAUUUGAAUUUAUACUGUUCCAAGACACAUUAUCAAUGUUCUGAAUUUUACAAGACUCAAUUAUCUGAUGAAGCUGUAUUUGCAAGAAAAGAUAUCACUGUGAAACCAUAUGGCUCAAUGAAAUACGAAGUCAAUAUAACUCUAUUGGAUGAAGUUUAUGAAAAGUAUAAUCAAAGACAUGAUAAUUCACAAUCAAUAAUGGAGAUCAUCAAAAAUCUUGAUAGUAUGUCUAUAAAUGAUACCAAACAAAGUAAAGAUGAAAUGAUGGAUAGUAUGAAUCAAAUGUUACAAGAUAUUAAGAUUGUGGAGAAAGAGGCAUCUUCUCCUCCAGUACCACCAACAGGUGAAGAUAAUGAUGAUGAUCAAAUUGAUCAAGAUCAGGAGGAUCCAGAUAGGAAAUAUGAAUAUUUACAAGAUCAAUCAAAAGCUAUAAAUGGAUAUGUUUUACAAAUAUGA